AUGGAUGUAGAUAUGCAUCAGUUAACUUCUCUGGCAACCAAUGAUGUUGCAACUGGUGAUAUACAACAUGAUAUGUUGACAGCACAGCAACGAGGGCAACAGAUGGUACUAGAGGACAUAGGUAAAUGGCUGUUAAGGAAGGAUAUGCCUUUUGUUGAUCCAAUAAAAAAAACAAAUCAAAAACAUUUGCCACAUUGUAUGCUUCCUCUAUUAGCAUACAGAAUGAGAAAAAAGUUAUUAAGGCUGAUAGGAAAUUAUUACAACGUCUUCUAACAGUAUCCCUAGCAGGUCGUAACAUUGAUAUGCAUGAUAUUCUUAAACAUGAGCUUUCUAAUGUUCCUCUUUCUCUAGCAAAGGUAAAUGGCACUCUUAACUCAACAACUAAAUCAGAUUUGGUUAACAUUUUGAUGGAUGGGGAAACAAUCCCUCACACAAUUCCUGCACCAACCAUGCAUCAAAACACUUGUGUUUUAAUAGAUGGUCAUGCUUUAGUUCAAGCUCUUGGAAAACCUCAAACCUGUAGGACCUUUGAUGACUAUGCCAGAGUCUUUUUUCGAGCUGUCACGGCACAUAUUGAUGAACAUGUUAGACGAGUGGAUGUUGUCUUUGACACCUACGUAAAACAAUCAAUUAAAUCAGCCACUCGAGCUAAAAGAGGCAUAAAAAAGAGACCAGUUCGUAAAAUUAUUAACCGUGGUGAUUUAAGUCUUCCUCAGGUGUGGGCAAAUUUUGUAGCAUUAAGUGAUAAUAAAGCAGAUCUUGCUAGGUUCCUUAGUGAAUACAUUAUGAGCCAUGGGAGGGAAUUUAGUCACCAGUAUGAGUUGGUAACAAGUGGUGGGUAUAUGGAUCAACUAAGGCAUGCUCAACACAAAGAGGUGAGGUUCCUAACUUAUUUAACAAUCAUGAGGAAGCAGAUACCCGACUUAUUCUGCAUGCACAUGAAGCGAUUGCUAAUAAUUUUAACAGAAACAUAGUGUUGUGUAGAGAUACCGAUGUUCUUUUGCUAUUAAUUCAUUUUUUUGGAAAAAAUGAAGAAAUUGAAACUUGGAUGGUUGGUGGCAAUUACAGAUAAGCUAUCUGAAGGAGUAAUUCAGAUUAUAAUAUAGUCAUCCACCGUAUAUGAGCUGUUCUGCAAUCUGAUUGGUUGAAUUACUCGCCGUAUAUCAGCUCAUAUAUGGCGAGUAGCGAAAAACAAGAUGGCGGUCCAAAAACUACAUGAGUUUUGCGAAGCAGAAAAAGGAAAAUAUUCGCUUUGAAAAACAUAAUAGUACAAGGAAAAACUCUCAAAAAAAAUUUGACAGGUUAGUAAAAUACGUUUAUUACGUAGAAAUUAGUUUAAAUACAAGUUUUUCAAAGAAUUAAUACCGAAACAACAGCGAAAAAACAUGUUCAUUGAGAAUAUAAAUUGCUCAGAAAAGUUUGCAAAGAAAGACAAAUGAAUUUGCAGUCAACAAGCACUUACUAUAGUACCAAACAUCUGUACAGUAGCGUAGCCAGCCUGAAAAUUUACUCCUGCUAUGUAAAUUUCAAAGCAUUAUCAUUAUUCAUUUCUUUAGAAAUUCAUUGUUUUUACAGUCUAUGAACACAGAAAUAUUUGCAUAGCAGGAGUAAAUAGUCGGGCUGGCUACGCCACUGCAUCUGUAUAAUAUAUCUGAGCUUUCCUGUGAGAUAUAGAGGUUCUAAAACCAUUUCUUUCACUUCGUCUUCGAGUUGUAAAACAAAAGUAUUUCAAAUUUUCAAGCGGCUUUUGGCCGAACAAAUUGUCAACACAUUGUAACAGUGAAUAAUUAAUUACUGCUUCAGUUAAUGGCUAUAUUAGACUAUAUUAUAAAACAAUUAUACCAUUCGCUCUCGUCGUAUAUGGCUGAUAGCCGACUCGGUGCUACGCACCUCGUCGGCUAUCAGCUCAUAUACGACUCGAGCACAUGGUAUAAUUGUUAAAUAUAUUAGGCUUUCACGCAUUCACUGGGUGUGAUACAACUUCUUCGUUUAGUGGUUACGGGAAAAAGAAAUGCUGGAAGGUUUUUGAAGAGUACCCUCACUUGCUCUAUGGCAUUGGAAGGGAUUGCUUUGUUCAGGAUGUAGAAGAAUUUGUUUGCAGGUUGUAUUGUGCACCAGAUCCACUAGCUGGGGUAAACCAAUGCAGAGUAGAUCUUUUUCAGAGAGGUAGCAAAGAGCUUGAGAAAUUGCCACCAACUAAAAAUUCUUUAGGCCUGCAUAUAACAAGAUGCAAUUUUCAGGCAAAUGUCUGGUUACAGGCCACUGUUAAGUUUCAGGAACUCCCUCUACCAGUUGUGACUGGAGGUUGGAAGGCAUCUGAUUCUUUAGACAAUCUGGAAAUUGUCUGGACAACUCUUCCAAGCAUACCAACAUGUUGUCUUUCCCUUAUCUCUUGUUGUUGCAAAACAAAAUGCAAAUCUGGAGCAUGUAAAUGCUACAAAAGCUGCCAACAGCAAUGUACACCGAUUUGUAUCUGUAAUGUGAAAGAUUGUAACAAUCCAAUUGGGCUAGCAGAAAGUUAAUUUCUUAAAAUUUUCCACUAACUAAUUAUUCUAAUGUAUAACAAUGAAAGAACUUUAUACAUGAGAUAUUGUUUUUGUACCUACUUAAUUUGUUGUAUAGUUUGCCAUUCUUUUAGACAUCAAAGUCAUGAUGAAGAGUUAUCCUGAUGAAUGA